AUGUAUGUAACGCGAACGGCCACCCGGGCAGCGCCCGCCGUCUUCAGGGCCGGCAUGAGGACUGCUGGCCGCCCCUACCACCGCCCCAUGCCCAAGAACGUCUCCGCAAUCGCCAUCCUCCUCCCCUACCGCUCCCUCCACACAGACCCAUCGCACACCAGCACACAACCCACCUACCCCCCGCCCGGCUUCAACCCCAGCCAGGCGAGGAAUCCAAUCCCCGACAAGGAGCAGCAGGCCAUCCGGGACAAGAUCGCCACCCCUCUCGACAAGGACACCAUCGUCCCCAAGACGGAGCCCACCGCCAACCCCAAGACGGUCGCCCAGGAUGCACAAACCAUGACCGAGCUCGCCUCGGCAAAGGCCACCGCCGACACCGAGGCCGAGAAGAAGGCCAUCGCGAAGAAGGAGGAGGCGAAGAAGAAGCUGACCCUCUGGGAAAAGGUCAAGCACGAGCUCGCACACUACUGGGACGGCACCAAGCUGCUGGGCUUCGAGAUCAGGAUCAGCUCCAAGCUGGCCCUGAAGAUGGCGGCUGGCUACGAGCUCACAAGACGUGAACGUCGUCAGCUGCAACGCACCGUGCAGGACCUCGGCCGCCUGAUCCCCUUCCUGCCCUUCGUCAUCGUCCCCUUCGCCGAGCUGCUGCUCCCUGUCGCCCUCAAGCUGUUCCCCAACAUGCUCCCCAGCACCUACGAGGGCCAGUCCUCCAAGGACGCAAAGGCAAAGCGCCUCCGCUCCACACGAAAGGAGGUCAGCGAGUUCCUGCGCUCGACGCUCAAGGAGACAGGUCUGCCCAUCUCGGCUGAAAACGCGCAGAGGGAGGAGUUUGCCGAGUUCUUCCGCAAGGUCCGCACCACCGGCGAGAAGCCCACCCCCGAGGAGAUUGUCAAGGUCUGCAAGAUCUUCAAGGAUGACCUGACCCUCGACAACCUGUCGCGCCCACAGCUCGUUUCCAUCUGCCGCUACAUGAACAUCACAUCCUUUGGCACCGACAACUUCCUGCGCUACCAGGUCCGCGUCCGCAUGCGCCAGAUCAAGCGCGACGACCGAGCGAUUGCGUACGAGGGCGUCGACUCGCUGUCCGUUCCAGAACUCCAGACCGCCUGCGCAAGCCGUGGCCUGCGCACAUACGGCGUCUCUCCCGGCCGCCUCCGCGACGACCUCCAGACUUGGCUCGACCUUCGUCUGAAGCACGGCGUUCCCUCCACCAUCCUGGUCUUGUCCAACGCUUUCGUCUACGUCCAGGGCAAGGAGGCCGAUGCCACUUCGCAGAUUGACGCACUCGAGGCGGUCCUGUCCAGCAUUCCCGAGGAGCUGUACCACGAGAUCGAGCUCGAGGUCAACACGACCGAGGGCGCCGCGACCAAUAAGCAGCGUCUGGAGGUGCUCAAGGAGCAGCAGGAGCUGAUCGAGGAGGAAAACGAGCAGACCCAGUCGCACGAAAACAAGGCGAACGCAUCGCCCAAGGACCACGAGGACAUUGACGAGGACGAUAAGCCCAAGCACGUCGAGGCCAAGGCGGCCGAGAGCAACGAGGCCGAGGCCAGCAGCGGGGACUCGGGCGCGACCCAAGGUAGUGCUGAGCGUGCCGAGCAGGACGAGCGCGCGAGGAAGGACGAAAUGCCCGCGGACAAGGAGGAGGCGAAGAAGGAGUAG